AUUUCGAUGAGCCAAGAGCCCAAGUCCAAUGACUUCCACAUCAUCUCAAUGAUUCCCAUGCUUACUUGGCUCCCAACCCAUUUCACCGCUUUUUUCCGCGCAGCUUCAAACAAUCUCCCAAAUUUCGAGCACUCAACAAACAAACAGAGAGAGAAGAGCAAUGGCGGACCUGGUGGUGGGGCUGGCGAAGUCGGUGGUGGAGGGGGCGCUGACGAAAGCCCAAUCGGCGAUCGAGGAAGAGGCCAAGCUCCGGCAGAGCGCGCAGCGGGACCUGGUGUUCAUCACGGGGGAGUUCCAGAUGAUGCAGUCCUUCCUCAACGUGGCCGACGCGGAGCGGCUCGGCAACCCCGUGGUGCGCACCUGGGUGCGCCAGAUCCGGGAGCUCGCCUACGACGUCGAGGACUGCGUCGAGUUCGUCGUCCACCUCGACAAGCGCUCCCUCUGGUGGCGCCGCCUGCUCCCCCCCUCCUUCCUCCCCCGCGCCGCCGCGUCCCAGCUCGACGAGGCCGUCGGUGAGCUCGAGCACCUCAAGGCCCGCGUCGAGGACGUCAGCGCCCGGAACGCGAGAUACAGCCUCAUCAGCGACUCCGGGUCCAAGCCCGCCAAGAAGCCCAAGGCUUCCGCGGCGGCGGCAGCGGGCGGCGGCGGGGCGGCGGCGGCGUUUAGCUUGCUAAUCGAGGCGAGGGACGCGUCCAAGAGGCAGCAAGGGAUUGGAGAUCUGACCCAGUUCCUCACCAAGAAAGACGACGGCCUUGAGCUGCAGGUCAUCUCGGUGUGGGGAACGGCCGGGGAUCUCGGGGCGGCUUCUCUAAUCCGGAAGGCCUACAACGACCCGGAGAUCCACCCGGCUUUCAAACGCCGCGCCUGGGUCAAAAUCAUGCACCCUUUCGAUCCCCUCCAGUUCAUCCGGUCCCUCAUGGCGCAGUUCCACGCAAAUUCUUGCAAACAACCGGAUGCAAUCAUCGGGGUAGAAGUGCUAAGGAAGAUGGACUCCAGUCAAGACCAACUCCUAAAGGAGUUUGAGGAGCAAGUCAAGACGAUGAAGUACCUCGUCGUUUUGGAAGACGUUUGCACUAUUGCAGAGUGGGACACUAUCAGAUCGUUCCUUCCUGACAGGAAUAAUGGCAGCUGGAUCAUCGUGUCCACACAGCAGUUCGAGAUAGCGAGCUUGUGCAUCGGACAUGCUUACCAGGUUUUGGAGCUGAAGCAGUUCUCUUCUAAGCACUCUGUUUGUGCCUUCUUCAAGGAGGGUUCUCAAGAAGACGACGAUCAAGUCGACGAGACAGACAUGGCGUGCACCAGCAACAAUGAGAUAUCAGUGUCGCAUGAGUUGAGCAAAGCAGGUGGCAGCUGUGACUUGAGCAAAGCAGGUGGCAGCUGUGACCUUUCCUUCUACACAAAAAUCCUCAGCUCCAAGUCAAAAGCAGCUGAAGGUUGGAUGAAGAGUCUCCCCCUUGUUGGACGAGAGUUACAGAUGAACAAACUUCACGCAUGCGCAGCUAAGGCCCGUUUCGAAGCGUGGAAUGUCAUGUCCGUGUGGGGGAUUGCAGGAGUUGGGAAAUCAGCUCUUGUUAAGAACUUCUACUGCCAGAACAUGUGCCAGAAGGACCAAUUAUUUAACAAAUACAGUUGGGUGGAAGUAACCCAGCCGUUCAAUCUUAGGGACUUCUGUCGGAGCUUGCUUUGGGAUUUUCGUUCAGAAUCACUUCAAGCCAAGGACACUGCAUACCAUGGCGCAAUGAGUAGCAAAAACCCAAUCCAUGAGUGUUGUAAGCUUCUCAAAAAAUAUCAGUGCCUUGUCGUCAUUGAUGAUCUGCGGUCAACUGAGGACUGGGACUUGAUAAAGUCUGAAUUGGUAUCCAGACAUUCCAAAAGCGUCAUUGUUGUCAUCACAAGUGAAGCAAAAAUCGCUACACAUUGUGCAGAUAAUGAAGAGCUUGUGCUUAAUGUCAAAGGUCUAGAAGCGGAUGCAGCAUUUGACCUCUUCGAAAUGGAGGUACAUCGGAAUAAUAAGACAUGCCCUUUAAACUCCAAAGACAAGGAGCUGAAAGAACUGAUUCUUAAGUGUGGUGGACUUCCCAAAGUAAUAGUUGCCAUAGCUCGCUUAUUGGCAGCGAAGACGGUUACACUAAUGGAAACUGCAAGUUCUUUAAAUCUCAGAUUUAUGCACGAGCUGGAAAACAACCCAGAAUUUGAUAGUUUGAGGGGUCUAUUAGUCUGGAUGCAAUCCUACUUCCGCGAUUGCCAGGAUUUCCUCAAGCCAUGCAUCUUCUACCUAUCAAUAUUUCCUCUGGACCACAGAAUUCGUCGGAGGCGUCUCGUGAGGCGGUGGAUCGCCGAGGGUUACGCCAGAGACUGUGACAAGAAAUCUGCCGAGGAUAACGGGGAGGAUUAUUUCUCCAGUCUCCUCGAUCUUAGCAUAAUUCAGCAGCCACCACAGUCGGUAACCACCAACCUCAAUGACACAAGAAUGGCCUUGUGCCAAGUCAAUGGUUUUGUCCGUGAGUACAUUGUUUCGCGGCGAAUGGAAGAGAACCUCGUCUUUGAGCUGGGGGGCAGCUGCUGCCUGACGACCCAACGCACUGGUCGUCACCUCAUUAUAUUGGAAAGCUGGGACAGAGACAUGAUUGUGUUUAAUAGCAUCGACUUCUCGCGGCUAAGGUCAAUGACAGUAUUCGGGGAGUGGAAAUCAUUCUUCAUUUCUGACACUAUGAAGAUACUUCGGGUGCUUGAUCUUGAGAAUGCAAAAGAUGUGCUGGAUGAUGAUCUUCACCGGAUUGUGAAGCUACUUCCUCGCCUCAAGUCCCUCUCCAUACGAGGAUGCCAUGAGAUAAGCCAUCUGCCUAGUUCUGUAGGUGAUCUGAGGCAGCUCCAAAGCCUGGAUGUCAGGCACACCUCCAUAGUCAGCUUACCAUCGAACAUCACCAAUUUAGAGAAGCUGCAGUACAUUCGUGCUGGUAACACCACCACAUCAGAGGAACCAUCAACACCAUGUCUUCCGGUAUCCAUGUUGUCCAAGUUAUGCAGACCUGGUCACCAAGUUGGUGUCGAGGUGCCCGGAGGGAUUGGGAAACUGACAGCACUACACACCCUUGGUGUUGUCAACAUCAGUGCUUCAGGGGGGAAGGCCAUCCUGAAAGAGCUCAAGAAGCUCACCCAACUGCGCAAGCUCGGAGUGUCCGGCAUCAACAGGAAAAACAGAGAUGAGUUUCGCUCCGCAAUCUCGAGCCAUAGCCAUUUGGAAUCUUUGUCGGUGUGGCUUGACAAGGACAGUGAAAAUUGUUUGGAUGGCAUCUCCCUGCCUCUGAAGAAUGUGCAGAGCCUCAAGCUAUACGGGCUCGUAGACAAGUUGCCAGGGGGGAUCAAACAAGAUAGCCAAGAUGCCUUAAAGGAAGUUAAGUUAACCAAAUUGGAAUUGGAGAUGGACAAAUUAAGCAAAGAUGACAUAGCCGUCCUUGGAGCCCUUCCAAAACUAUGUACCCUUCGUGUCAAGCAGUUCAAAGAAGGUACACUCGAUUUUUGUGUGAAACAGGAAGGACGAGAGCUGCGGACUUAUCAAAAGGUCAGGAUCCUCGAGAUUGCUUGCAGCUCCAGCUUAAAAGUGAAUUUUGGAUCAGAGACGAUGCAAAAUCUUGAGCAGCUGAAGGUUGACUGCUGCAAUGGGUCUUCACUGAAGUUCUCUGACCUGAACAAGCUAGCUGAACUCAAGGAAGUCGUUCUCAAGGGCUGCUCUGACAACAAACUGAAGGAAGACCUGCAGACCCAACUUCUCCAGCACACAAAGAAACCGCUACUGAAGCUGGAGUAACUUCUCUACCAUGUUCGUCCUGGAGCUCUGAACAGGCAUUCCCCCUCUGCUUCUUUUCACCUCCUUCUCGAUCCAGUUUUUUUUUUCAAUCAGGAGUUGGAAAGGCCUGUAGUCUAUCCUGCACUGCAACAAUAAUGCCAAAUUAACGCGCUCACCGCGUGCCUCAUCAGUGUCCUUGAGUUCAGCUAGCUUGUUCAGGUCAGCCCUUAUAUCAAGGUACCUAAAUGUUGUUUAGAGUUUUUCUUUAAAUUUUUGAGCCCUUAUUUUAAUUCCAUCUUCAGCAAAAACCCCUACAUUCCAGCCCCUAUUUAAUUUUUCCAUUACACUGACAUAUGGGGCCCAUCUGUCGGUGGGACAUUUUCAUUUUUCUUCUUUGUGCUGUCUUCUUCUCUAAGACCAUACGAGAGGCGGAUGGGAGGAGAUGUGGGCGGUGGCAGGGGCGAGGCGAGCAGCGGCGGAUGGCGCCAUGGCUCCGUAGCCUGUCGGCUCUAGAUCUACAAACCGCCGACUCUGGAGGAGGCGGGAAGCAGCGGUCGUUGGCGGCGGAGGCGGAGGCGGAGGCGCGGUGCAAGGAUCAAGGAAGCUGAGGCCGCUAUUCUCGCCGAGGAGACGAGGAUCAUGACGGCCGACUUGAGCCUCCUGGACCCAGAGAGGCGAGCUUGGUUUGAGGCCGGGAGGAAGAUGAUACAAGAUCGAGAUGCGCCCUCGUAGGAUCGAGAUGCGGCCUCGCCAUCUAAUUGAUCGCCCUCAUUUGGUUCCAAAGCCGGGUUUUUUUAAUGAACUAUGCUUGUCUGCAGGUGAUGUCUAAACAUUGAUAUGUUGACUUGCUUGCUAAUUUGGCCAUCGAUUGGCUUCAAUUGUUGCCGGCUGCCAGCCUGCCAAUAAACAGGAGAUCGGCUUGUGCACUUUUUUUUUA